AAUUUGAGAAAUAAACUCCACAAGAAGACUAUAAAUUAUCUUACAAAAAAUUAUGAUGAGAUUAUAAUUCCAGAGGUUGGUGUAAAAAACAUUGUAAAAAGAGAAAAAAGAAAGAUUAAAUCCAAGGUCAUGAGAAGCAUAUUAACAUGGUCACAUUAUAUGUUUAAACAGAGGUUGAAAUCCAAAGCCAAAGAAACUGGCAUAAAAAUUGUGAUUCAAGAUGAGGCUUAUACUUCGAAAACAAGCUCUAAUUGUGGUGACAUACAAAAUAUCGGUGGAAAAAAAAUUUAUAAAUGUAAGAAUUGUAGUUAA